AUGGGUCCAGAAGAGAAAGCUGCUGUAAUAUUUAAUACAACAUUUGUUCGCCCUGCAAAAUUCUAUAUCAGUGGGUUUUCCAACAUCCCACAUGUUAAGUAUUUCUAUGUGUUCUUGUGUUUUGUCUAUAUCAUGACUGUUCUUGGAAAUGGCUUCCUUAUCUCAGUUAUUUACCGCAAGACUCUCCAUAACUCUAAUACAAUAAUUGUGUUUAACCUGGCUUUGACAGAUUUGUGUGGGAGCACAGCUCUCAUCCCAAAACUCUUAGACACAUUUUUGUUUGAAAGGAGAUACAUUGUCUAUGAGGCUUGCUUAAGUUAUAUGUUCUUUGUUUUAUUCUUUGGAAGUGUGCAGUCAUGGACACUUGUCACAAUGUCAUAUGACAGAUUUAUAGCUAUUUGCUUCCCUUUAAAGUACCAUAGUAUUGUGACUAAACCAGCUAUUGCUGCAAUGCUGCUUUCUGCAUGGGCUUUUUUACUGAGUGUAAUAGGAUGCAUGGUUGGGCUUAUUGAUCGCCUCUCCUUCUGUAGAUCUUUGGUGGUAAACAGCUUCUUCUGUGAUCAUGGACCAAUAUUUCGUCUGGCCUGUAAUGACACAUCUUUAAAUUUCACAGUGGCAUAUGUUGCUUUUAUUAUAAUCCUCUGUAUUCCUCUUGUAUUGAUAGCAUUUACAUAUGUUUGCAUUUCCAUAGCACUGAGCAGGAUUGCAUCAGGAGAGGAACGACUUAAAGCUUUGAAAACUUGCACUUCUCAUCUGAUUCUUGUGGCUAUUUUCUUCCUACCAAUUGUUGGCACCAACAUAGCAGUAUUGUACUCCCAAAUCCAUCCUAAUGCCAGGAUCCUAAACUCUACUUUGACACACACCAUACCAGCUUUACUCAAUCCUAUUAUCUACUCUUUAAAGACAGAAGAAGUGCUGAACUCUAUCAGGAAGCUUUGCAAAAGAAAUAAGAUUAGCAACAAAUUUACAAAAUGGUGA